AUGGAGGAAAGUCAUACCAAGCUCUGGCUUGCGCAGGCCGCUUGUCCACAAACACAAGCACACGACGACGACAGCAAGGAGAACCCCAGCAAGCCGCUCCUCAACGAGAGCAUGCAAAAGGACGAGACCGAGAAGGACAUCAGGAUGGCAAACGGCAUUGACAACAUGAAAGAGAAAGAGACAAAGGGCAGGCGGCAGCUUCUGAAACACCAGCGCUACCAGAAAAACAAGAAGAGAAAGGCCGUUCAGGAGCUGGCGACGCCUGGCUGCAACAAGCCGGUGUUGAACCCGGCGCCAACGACAGAAGCAAAAGCACCACCAGCAGCUGCUGCUGCAACAAGAAGUGCCCCCCGAGUCAUUGCUCUCGACCUCAUCCGCCAGAAUCCACAGAGUCGCCCUCUUCCUACCUCCCCGACUCUGGGCCAGCCAGCAUAG